AAGAAGGCGGUUUCUGUAGCAAACAUGAAAACGGCGUUUCGAAGCGCCAUCUGUGCUACACUCGCAUUUUCCUCCCGCUCCCUAAACCCUACCCACCACCGCGACUCUCUCAUUCUCCUCCACCGCCGCGCCUCUGUUUUUCCGGCUAUUCCUUCUCCUUUCACUUCAAUGGCAAGCGGCGACGGCUCCGACGCUGCUCUCUCAUCCACCAUCCACGUGCUGGAAAAGCAGUUCGAGGAGUUCCGCCACCAGCUCGAUGAUUCCGGCAGCUUGCGCGAUCGUAUUCGGAGCGUGUCUUUCGAAAUUGAGUCCGCCACCAGGCUCAUGCAUUCGAGCCUUAUGCUUGUUCAUCAAUCUCGCCCUAUACCUGAGGUGUUGGAGAAGGCAAAGGGGCAGAUUGACGUGCUGAGGGAACUAUUUAGUAAGCUUGCAGAAAUUAUGCGUGAAUGCCCUGGCCAAUAUUAUAGGUACCAUGGUGAUUGGAGGAGUGAAACUCAGGCUGUUGUAUCUGUUCUUGCUUUCAUGCAUUGGUUAGAAACUGAGAGUCUUCUUUUGCAUGCAGAAGCUGAGGAAAAACUUGGGUUAAAUCCUUCAGAGUUUGGCCUGGAUACUGAAGACUAUCUCACUGGAAUUUGUUUUAUGUCCAAUGAUUUGCCUAGGUAUGUGGUAAACCGGGUGACUGCUGGAGAUUAUGACUGUCCGAGAAAAGUAUUGAUGUUUUUGACAGAUUUGCAUGCCGCAUUUCGGAUGCUCAACCUCCGGAAUGACUUUUUGCGCAAGAAAUUUGAUGGAAUGAAGUAUGACCUAAGAAAAGUUGAAGAAGUUCACUACGAUGUGAAAAUCAGAGGAUUGGCAACAAAUGGGAACUCAAAGGGGGAAGAGCAAGCAGAUGGAGAAAAAUCAUGAAUUAUAAAUCGGCUUGAUUUUUAGCCCCUUUUGUACUCUGCUUUUCUAUGUCAUAUGCAUGUUUGGAGACAUCUUUUUGUUAGAUGCAACUCGAUUUAAAGUACAGAAACUGUAGGCAAAGCAAAAGAAGGCCCUUCAUGGAAGGAGGCAAGUCAUCACACUAUUAGGUAUUUCGGUUUCAUUUUGAAUACAUUAAUUGACCUCCA